GUGGGUGGAGCUAGCACUAGAAAGAACUGAGUCCAAAACCUGGUGAGAUGUUAACAUUUCUAGCUAGCUCUUGGGCACUAGGCAGGCCAGAUACAUAAUAAUAAGAUAGUUUCGAUUACAGUGAACACUUUUACUUUAGAAGACUAAGAUCUCAAUGAUGUGUUUAUAGCGGAUCUUUUGUAUUUUGUGGCGCACACAGUAUAUAGGCUGUAACAAUUGUGUUCCAAACUUCCUGUUUGAAGUGAGGCUAAUGAUAUAUUUACUCUCACUACUGUAACGAACGGGUAAAAUUCAAACGAUUAUUCCGAGUUUGACAAACAGUAGCCCAGAUCAAAAUGGACUACCUCUUACAGGUUAAAAUAGGCGCCCUCGUGGGUUUAUUGUUUUUAACGCUACUUUUUGGAUUUAUCCCUGCUUGGAUGAGAUGUUUCAGAGAAACUAGCGGAACAGAGACCCAUCGAAUUGUGUUGAGUUUCAUCAGCUGUUUUGCUGGAGGCGUCUUCCUGUCUGCCUGUCUGCUCGACAUCAUCCCAGACUAUCUCUCAGACAUCAGUGCUGAGCUACAAUCACGGAAGGUGGAGACCAGCUUUCCAAUCCCUGAGUUCAUCAUGGCUGCCGGCUUCUUCACUGUCCUCAUUCUUGAGAGAAUUGUCCUCAGCUGCCGUAAGGAAGAAGCGGCCGUUGAGGAGAGAUCCCCCUUGAUAAACUCCAGUGGUCAUGGUUAUGGACACAGCCAUGGGCAUGGACAAACCACAUCCAGCAGUUUGGAGGGCAGCGGCCAUCACAUUCAUGUUGACCACCAGGCCCACUCUUCCUUCCGUUCUUUCAUGCUCUUCCUCUCUUUAUCCCUUCACUCUGUGUUUGAGGGCCUAGCGAUAGGCUUGCAGACCACAGAUGCAAAGGUAUUGGAGAUCUGUAUUGCCAUUCUGGUUCACAAAAGCAUAAUCGUUUUCAGCCUAUCAGUGAAACUGGUCCAGAGUGCAUUGCGGCCUAUGUGGGUGGUAGCUUACAUUGGUGUCUUCGCAAUGAUGUCACCGCUGGGUAUAGCUUUGGGCAUCGGAGUGAUUGAGGCAAAGCUGGCAGCUGGCUCUUUGAUCCAGGCCAUCCUGGAGGGGUUGGCGGCAGGGACAUUUGUUUACAUUACCUUUCUGGAGAUCUUGCCCCAUGAACUCAACUCUGCAGAGAACCAACUGCUCAAGGUCCUCUUCAUCCUACUUGGCUUCAGUGUCAUGGCGGGCCUAACCUUCAUUGGCUGAGAGAGCACCAUGGAUUGGAUCUACCCAUGUAAACACCCAAGGGCCUUGAUGGACCCCAUGCUUAAAGCAGGUUGAACUUUUUUUUUGAACUAUUGUGGAUGUUUUAGUGUUUCUAUCCCACUGUUUUUAUCAAAAACUUUCAGAAGUUCUUGUUUUUUUCUUUUUUUAAACCUUUAUUAUAAUUGUUCAACUCAAAGAUUUAUAGAACUGACAUCAAGUGUUUGUAUUUUCUGUAUAAAACUAUAGGAGAAAACCACAAUUUGUGAUUCUAGCCCAUUGCACACAUGCUACUAAUGUUUGGAACACGACACAUGUGUGUCUGUAUCAUAAUACCUCAGUAUUAUGUGCCUUACAGAUUAGAUGAAUACUGUACUACAUUACUCCCUAAUUUCAGUAUGUCUUAAGUAUAUCACCAGCUUGGACAAUGUCCAAUUGUUUUCCAUGUUCCCUCCACAUGCUCGGAUGUGAUAAACUGUUGUGAUCAGGGCUGUGUUGGGAUAGUUGCUUUGCAGACCUAAGAUUUUUUCCUUUAAGAGCUUAGUAUUGCUCCUUAUUGUAAAAAUCAGCCUGAUAAUGCCAGAUUGACUGUCAAUUUACGAAAUUUGACCAUCACUAUCCAUGAGUCAGGGCCUUGUGAUAACUUUGUAUUUAUUGGUGGCCAAGCCGCGAAGCACUCUAGCGCCACCAACUGGUCAAAGCUGGACUUGUGUUUACACACGUAA